AGGUGGAAGGGUGUAUAAACUAAACGCAGGCUGAAUAGUAGGAGUAGAACGCAGCGAAGCGCCAUUUCCAUUGGGCGAAAGUAGGAGAGAAGAGAGGACCCAUUCAAACUAAACAAACUAAGAGCUCUCUCUCGAGUGAGUGAAAUCACAAACUACAUUCUUGCCUUAUACUCUCUCUCUCUCUCUCUCUCGUCUCUCGUCUCGUCUCGUAAUAAUAACCACCAAAAAGCCGUGCUUGCGCCUAAUGGCCCCAAAACCCUAGAUUCAAAAAUUAGGGUUCAUUUUCCUCUUCCAUUUCCCCCAUCUCUCGCGCUCCCCAUCCGCUUCCCCCAUGGAUGAUUCCGACCGGAACAAGCUCUUUCUUGGAGGGGUUUCCUGGGAGACCACCGACGACACCUUGAGACACCAUUUUUCCAAGUAUGGGACUGUGGUUAGCUCCGUGAUCGCCAAGGAUCGGAAUACCGGUAACCCCAGGGGUUUCGCUUUUGUCUCCUUCUCUGACCCUUCCGCCGUCGACACCGCCCUUCAAGACACCCAUGAAAUUCUCGGUAGAACGGUAGAGGUGAAAAGAGCCAUACCCAAAAGUGAACAGCAGCAGAAUAGGGGAUUGAAUAGGAAUGGUAGGGCUAACGGUAGGAACAAUGACCAGUUUAGGACCAAGAAGAUUUUUGUAGGGGGUUUAUCAGCUAAUCUAACUGAGGAAGAGUUCAAGAGUUAUUUCGAAAGGUUUGGUAGGAUCACAGAUGUAGUUGUGAUGCACGACAACAUGACUCAUAGGCCGCGGGGGUUUGGGUUUAUUACGUUCGAUUCCGAGGAUGCAGUUGAGGAAGUGAUGCAGAAGAAUUUCCAUGAGCUGUGUGGCAAACUGGUGGAGGUCAAGAGGGCUGUGCCGAAAGAUGGUAGUAUUAGUAAUAUUGGGUAUAACGCGAGGGUAACGAGCGGAAGCAGUUCUACCAUUGGCGAUUACCAGCACGGGAAUUAUCCGGCUUAUAGUCCUAGAUAUGGAGUUUACCCUGCUUAUGGGCCUGUUACGGGAUAUGGAAGUGCUGCUGCUGCUGGGUAUCCGUAUGGAGCUGGAAUGGUUGGAGGCGGUUUUCCUUCUGGAGCGGGAGCGUAUGGUGGAAUUGGGUAUGGUGUUGCUUCGUUUCAGCCUAGGAGUCCUUGGAAUGUCCCUGCAAUGGCUGGGCCGAGAGGAAGUCCAGUGCUUUAUGGCGGGACUGCCUUCUAUCCCGCUUAUAUGAAUGGUGGUGCCGGGGCAAUGAGCUUGUCUGCGAGCGGAUUCAAUGAAUUUUUAGGAACUGGGAUGAACGGGAAGUCUGGUCAGUUUGGCAUGGGAGUUGAAUCUCAAGGGGCAUCCGGUUCGGUGCAUUCUCAAAUUGGCAGGGGAGGUGUAGAUUUUAAUUCCUUUGGUUCUCUCGGUGCUGCUAGUAGCAAUCAGAGCCGGAGAGGUUAGUAUUUCUCCACUCUGAUGGAUUGGUGGGGGAGAGUCUUGUGGUCAUUUGUUCAGG